UCCAGGGUUAGGGCUAUGGUUAGGGUUAGGGUUAGCGCUAGCUCAUUUUACAUCUCGUGACCUUUGACCAAAUCUGGAGGUGACCUUAAGAAAAAGAUCUAAAUCGGAUUGAAAAUGACGCCUGGAUGAUCAGAAUUAUGUUGGCUCACUUCCGCCAUUAAGCGAUGCUUUAUUUUUGAUGUAAAUUGCAAAUGAACUCCGUAAAAUUCAACUAUUAAAGAAGCGACAGUAAAGUAAGAUUUUGAAUUCUACAAUAUUAAGAGAUUAUUUUAAAGUAAAACCACAGAAUGUCUUUGUUAAAUCCAACGUAUUUGCAAGCCUCUGCAGCUUCAACUGGUCAGAUGAAGAAGAAAAAGAGAGGCCAAGCUCAAGGCCAAAUGCAAACAAACCCCAUGGCAAUGAAUAACAUGAUGAUGAUGCAAGUACCGGGUUAUCAGAACUACGCCAAUAUGGAUCCAUCGAUGUACAUGGAUCCAUCAACGAUGUAUGCUAUGGCACAAAGUGGAAUGUUUAAUAUAAACCCAGCUAUGAACCAGGGCAUGAUGGCUGCCCAACCGCCACCCCCACCACCAUUGAUCAAUCCACCAUUACCAACAAGUGGUAAUAAAACGGAUUACACAAAGAAUGUUAAUUUAGCUGGUAAAGAAUACAAGAAGAGAUCUCGAAAUGAUUCUGAUAAACCACCAGCUAAACGAGUUAAACCUGAAGAUAGAGUGACUGUAUUUGUGGGAGGUUUACAUCCCGAUUCCGAUGAAGAUUCUAUCUGGGACUUUUUUGAUGAGAAAGGUAUUGCUCUUACUUCCGUGAGAAAAAAGGACGGAAAAAUGUUUGGUCACAUUGAUUUAGUUAAUCCGGGAGAUUUACAUAAAGUUUUAGCAAUCAAUGGUGAAAUGUUCAUGGGAUUUCCAGUUCGACUUGAAAAAUCUUCAGUUGCCCCACCAGCUGUUACUACAGAAGGGAAGGAUACAAAGACAUUGUUUGUAGCUAAUCUAUCGGACUCAGUCACAGAACAAACAUUACGUGAGUUUUUUCCCGACAGUUUAGAAGUACGAUAUCCUGUGGAUAAAUCUGGUACACAUGUUGGUUACGCCUUUAUCAAGUACGGGGAUGAGGCAAAAGUCAAGUCACUGAUUGACGAAUUUCAGGGGGUGAGUUUAGAAGGAAACUCGAUGAUCUUAGAUUAUGCUGCUGGUAAAAACCCCACCGCACAUAAAGGACCUUCAGACGGAGAUAAAGACCCAAAUUCAUUGUUUGUUGGGAAUAUAACAAAAACUGCUACUAAAGAAGUUAUAUCUAAACUUUUCCCAAAAUGUUGUGAGGUUAGAUUUCCUAAUGGAGAAGGCAAAUCAAAUUUUUGUUUUAUAAAAUUUGAGGACCCGAAAGAUGCCAGGGAAACGUUUAAUGAUAAAGAGAAAAUACAGCUUGAUGGUAAAAAUCUAAUAAUAGAUUACGCAGUGUCCAAACAAGGCAGAAAAAAAAAUGAUGGUCCUGAUUCCGGUGCUACUCGUAUUCUUGUAGUUAAAAAUUUAUCUUUUAAAACAAAUGAAGCUCGUUUACGACAAGAAUUCCCAGAAAUCCACACUGUCCGUAUGGUCUAUUUUCCUGGCACUGAAAGGCCAAAAGGAUACGUUUUCCUAGAGUUUCAAACCGUGGAGGAUGCUGAGGAGGUUUAUUAUGAGAUUAAUGAAGUGGGUAGAACCAUUCAUGGACGAGUCGUAAUAGCAGAAUAUGCCCUAGAGAAAGGUUCACAGGCUUACAAAAAACGAGGUAAAAUCCGAGAUGUAGAAAAAGCUGAAGAAUUUAAACGGAAAUCUUUGUGGGGUCCACAAGGUAUGGCUUAUGAGGGAGUUGAAAUUCCUAGUAACUUUGCAUAUGGAAAUUAUCCUGGAGCGUUCCAAGGUCAAGAAAUGGGACUUGAUGCGGGAGCUGCCGCUGGUGGAUGGGGUAAUACCAAUGCUUCUAAAUUUACUCAGGAUGCUGAUGAGGGAUGGGUAGAUAACUCUGGUGGGUGGGGAGGUAACUCUGGAGGAUUUGGAGGAAACCCUGGAGGAUUUGGAGGUAACCCUGGAGGAUUUGGAGGUAACCCUGGAGGAUUUGGAGGUAAUUCUGGAGGAUUUGGAGGUAACUCUGGAGGAUUUGGAGGAAACCCUGGAGGAUUUGGAGGUAACUCUGGAGGAAGAUCCAACAAUCAACAAGCUGGAGGUUACGGAGGUGGCUACGGCGGUGGAAAAGAGUCGAAUUCAGGUCGAGGGAAUCGUUUCGGUCAGGGACGACAGAAUCAGAAUCAUGAAGACGAUUGGGGUAGAAGAGGUCGGCGUGACGGAGGAAGUGGGCGUGGGGGACGAGGAGGAGGUAGAAGUCAAAGGUCAGGUGGUCAAGGGAACUGGACAACAGCUAAUACUGAAACAGCUGAAGAUGAGGGAAAUGAACUCCCAUUUUCUUUUACGGGAAGAACAGGGAGACUCUAAAUAUCAAGGUGUUAGAGUAUUAAUCACCAUUGUAAAUAGACACAUGACAUUAUAUCAUACCAAGUUUAUUUUAUAAAUAUCGUGAACUAACGAUUGAUUGGAUAUAGCCAGUGUGUUUCAUAAUCUGAACAGUUGGGGCAGAAUCUGGUUGUGUAGUCAUCACAGUUAAUGAUAAAAAUAAAGAAUGAUUUCUGUAUACAAGACGUGCGUUUCAUAAUCUGAACAUUUAGGGCAGAGUCAAACAACUAACAAAUUGCAAGGGCUAAGUGAAGGGGAUGCAAUGAUGCCCUUUGCAUCAGGGUUUUAAGUUUUUGCACCCCCUCUCAAAUGGAAAAGUUAACGUGGCUUCAAUGCAGUUUAAAAUGCUACAGUCAUAAUCAUAUUGCUGAACCAGUUGUUGGAGAAGUCAGCUCCGUUAAAUCAGUGAACACGAAUGAUAACAAUUAUGACUGAUGUGUGUAUGUAUACGCGACGUUUUUUUGUUUUAAUAUUGUGUUUCAAAAUCAGAACAGUUUGGACAGUGUCUUUAUAACAUCUUUCUUCAGUUGGUGGUGCAGUGGACACAGUUAAUUCACAGAACAUUGAUGAUAAACAACAAAAACUAGUCUCUGUAUAUUUCUAUUAAAACAAAGAGUUAUGACAGAGUCUAAUAACAUCUUUUUUUAUUUGGUGGUGUAGUCAACACCGUUUAACGACUAUUUCUAUUCAUAAUAAAACGUGUAACAACA